AUGGAUCAGACUAACUGGGAAUCCUUCACGCCCGUCAAGUCCGACUACUUUGAAUUGAAUGAUCAGCUAAUCGACAUCAAGGCUGAAACCGAAAACGACCAGUUUCUCCUCCAACAACUCGACCACAACCUCUACGAUGGCGUGACCGAUGGCGACGGUGAUGGUAAGCAUGCGCCCAAGAAUGACGCCUUGACCAAGUUGAACGACUUUUCCUUGGAUAAUUACAACUUUGAAGACCUCAAUCACGACAUGAGCGAGUUGGGGUACCGCCAUGGCGAUGCCCCAACAGGUGGUGAUAUCGCCGGCGCUGGCGCUGGUGCGCCCCUGACGUACCGUCAUAACUCGUCGCUGGCGUUCCCGCCCACGGGAUCAGUGCAGAACACCCCCAGCAUGCUCCCUCACAAACACCAACAGCUUGUGAACCACAACCAAGUAGUAAGCUCACCCAUAUUACCGAGCCAAAACGACAAGUCAUUCAACAACCAGCACUAUUAUCAUAAGCUCAGCCGCAACAAGCUGAAGGAGGCGUUGGAAUCCAUGCCACAGCUGCAACAUAUCCGACCCGACGUGAUAUUCACGCCGUUGAUGUCCCCCCACCAUACGCCCGCCGACUCGCGCGGGAAGUUCGCGGUACAGGCGAGCUUCGAGCCGUUAACGUCGCCGGCGUUGGCAGCACAGACCCACGGCCCGUCAGACGCCGUGUCCAAGCGGCGGUCUUCGUCGCUGGUGUUCUCCACCGUGAACGAGAACAAGCCCGUGUCGUUCAAGCGUCGCACGCCCCAUGGCACGCCGAUACUCCCUAGCAACGGGUCCAGCAGUGGUGUGGAUGGUGGGACCCAUUUCGAGGGACUCCCCGAUGCGUCUAUGAGUGUGAGUAGUUCGUCUACGCCGAUGCUCCCGCCCCAGAGCUAUAAGAAAAUCGAUCCUGAGUCGUCCACCACGUCGCCGCAGAUGAUGGGCUUCACGAUGGGGAAGUUGGCUAAACAAAAACUGCAGCCACCGCCGCCUGUCGACAGUCCUCCCACGAGCUCGCGCAAACUGUCGUACGACUCGUCGCGGUCCAACGACACGUCGCCCAGUCUCGCGCCCAUGGGAAAGGAAAAGCCGUCGACGAAGAAGGCGUCGCAUAAACUAGCGGAGCAGGGCAGAAGAAAUAGAAUGAAUGUGGCGGUGCAGUCGCUUGGGCUUCUUGUGCCGCAGAAGUACCACGAGCGGGUAGCAAUUCCAUCAAAGGCCACAACGGUGGAGUUGGCUUCGAGUUAUAUCAAGGAUUUGGUGAGGGAGGUUGAGGAGUUGAAGAAGAGGAGUUAGGUAAAGGGAGAUAAGAGGAAGACGAUCUAAGACGAACCAAACCCUGAAAAACUUAACUGAAGAAGCAUCGUCCAACACAAGAGAAUAAAAUUUACUUGUCCUCAGAUCAGAGCGUAACUCAACACCCAUAGCCCCCCAGUGGUACUGCCCAUAAUAGAAGGAAUUGUGCUUAUGUAACCACCUGACUCAAUGAACGCUCUUUCCUCUUCUAAUCCCGUGCACUUGCUCUUACUAAUGGUAGCUGCAGGCGUACGGAGAACGCGCGGAAAUCGACGGAGACGUCAACUUCUAAGCAUGUGCAGGACGUGCGGCUCAUGUCUGUUUCUCCGUCUCCGUGUAUGCUUUCCUGAGAAUUAUAAAUACCUUCGGUUCCCCAGCGCUUUACAUACUUUAACUACGUAUUUUAACAUACAAUGUCCGAUUUA